UCAGAAUUCAGGGUGUUGUAGAUUAGGGGUGAUCCCCGCCUCAUCCGAACUUUGAAUAGGCCUGGCGACUGCCCGAGGGCAGAGCUGCUGGUGAAUAAGUAUGUGAGACUGCCCUUUGGGGCAGCGGCCAAGCAUCGUCAUGUCUGUCCUUUGAGUUCCUUGUUCUCUGCUUGGUUUUACAACGUCCAUACUCUACCAUCGUCUUUCGUACCUAACUCCAGACCAAAAACACAACAACGAUGCGCCGCGUUCCAGUACAAAAGAGGCCAAAUGCCACCCGCCUGGUCCAAAGCCAAGGCCUCGUCUUCGCCGACCUCGUGGCGCCCGGCGCCUCGGAGCCGUACUGGCCAGACGACCGCUACUACUCCUUCACCGAGAAGGAGAUGAACCUCCUCGAGGAAGCCGCCAGAGACGUCUUUGCCAUGUGCUGCGAAGCAGCAGACUACCUCGUGGAGCACCCAGACAUCAUCACCAAGAAAAUGGCCGUCCCCGCCUUCGCCCUGAAACAAAUAAAGGCCUCGUGGGACCGCGAACCGGCCUGGGGCAGCAUCUACGGCCGCUUCGACAUCUGCUUCGGCGGCCUCGAGCACCCGGACCCGCGGCUGCGCGUGCCCAAAUUCUACGAGUUCAACGCCGACACGCCGACGUCGUUGCUCGAGGCGGCGUCAAUCCAGUGGCUGUGGAUGGAGCAGACCGGCCACGGCAAUGACCAGUUCAACAGCAUCACGGAGAAGCUCAUCGAAGGGUGGAAGCGCAACAUGACGCUCGUCGAGAAGGAGCUCGGUCAUAAGCCGACGGUGCACUUUGCUGUCGGCGAGGGCGAGGCCACCGGGGAGGAUGCGAUGAACACCAUGCUUCUGAUGGAGACGUGUCAGCAGGCCGGGUGGACGACCAAGGCGCUGACAAUGGAGGAGAUUGCGAAAUCCAAAAAGGACGGGCGAUUCUACGAUGCGCAGGGGGAGCAUAUCGACGUCAUCUUCAAGCUCUACCCGUGGGAGUACAUGGUCGACCAGCAGUUCGGCGAGGCGUGUUUCGAAGACAUGGAGAACAUUGGCAAGCGCGACGAGGAAGGGAACUACGUCGGAGGAACAGUCUGGAUCGAGCCGCCGUACAAGCUCCUGUGGAGCAACAAGGCCGUCUUUGCCGUUCUCUGGGACAUGUUCAAGGACGACCCGAGGGGCAAGUGGCUUCUCCCCACGUACUUUGACAACGAGGCGCCGGCGUCCAUGACGAGUUUUGCGCGCAAGCCCAUCUUUGCGCGCGAGGGCGCCGACGUGGUGCUCAAGAAGGACGGCGAGAUCUUGCAGGACGCGUCGACGGGAGACUACGGCGCGGAAGGGUACAUCGUGCAGCAGCUCGCCGUGCUGCCCGAGUUCAAGGACGCCAAGGGCAGCUCGUGGUAUCCCGUACUGGGUAUGUGGUUCGUCGACGGCGAUCCGGUGGGUAUGGGGAUCCGGGAGGAUGGCACGCCGAUCACGACCAACGCCUCCGUAUUCAUACCGCAUUCGAUUGAAGACGGGCCCGUCAACUACAUGAGGCAGAAGAUUCCCGACCAGGAGGAGAUUGAGAACUUGUUGCGGGUCGAGCCGUUCUUUGAUUCAUUUGACAAGGAGGAGAAUGAGAUGAUGAGCUAUAUCAAGAAGAUUGUAAUUUCGUAGCGGGCUUGCUCUGCGGGCGAAUGUCCUUUCGGCGUGUUGUUCUUGGGAGGAGCUCGACGUCUACUUUAGCGGGAAUGAAAUUGAGAAAAUACAGUUCCUAAUAACUUUAAUAAUCGCCUCCUGACAGUUAACAAUUUAGUAUGAGAGUAUUGCAUGACAUUACACUCCGAUUUCCAAUGAGCAUGCCGGAACUCAGAAGUUGUGGACCAAAGUCCUGCGAGCGUACUUAUUACCCUAGAGAGAGUUCGCCAUAAGUGCCGAGACAGGUCAAGCCCGAAAGCCAUGCGAAUGUGGUCUCGCUUGUCGGUAUUCAAAAGCAGCACAUAUCAGAAACUAGACGCGCGAUGCGCAAGAUGCCCGGCCUCGGCGAGACUGGACAGAUGACCUCGGUUUCGCUUGCAUUCUCGUCGACACAGGUAGAUCUUGACCAGGUACGCUGGUUCGCCAUAUAAAAAGAAGCUUCCGCCAAUUGCCCGAAUGUCAUACGCGUCGCGAUGCUGACUUGCCGGAUGGGAGGUGCGGGAAGACAAGCAAG